AUGGAAGAUAUUCGCGUUGUAGUUUCCAUAGAUUUUGGAACCACCUACUCCGGAUUCGCCAUUAGUCACAAAGAAAAUCCGGAAAUUGAAACAAAUAAUGUUUGGCCCGGAGUGACUGGACAAUUAAAGACUAAUACUGUGCUUCAAUACAACGAUUCCAAAUUCUCGGAAGUCCAAGACUGGGGAUUCCCAGCUUUAGCAAAGAAGGCUUCUAGAAGAAUUCGCCAACAAGCUCCUUCAAAACCUAUUGAAUUAUUUAAAUUACAUAUGGGGAAUUUACCUGACAAUGAAAAGCCACCGUUGCCUAAAGGAUUGGAUUUUAAAAAAGCUAUUGCAGAUUAUUUGGAAAAAAUGGGUAAGAUACAAGUUCUAACGCUAAUUAAAGAGACAGUGUCGAAACGUUGGCCUAAUAUCAAUUUUAUGGAACAAGUAUUAGUAGUCAUGACAGUACCUGCAGAAUUCAAUGAACAUGCAAAUGCUAUAUUGAGAGAUUGUGCCUUUAAAGCAAAAUUAAUUUCAACCAAAGAUUCGGAAAGGUUACAGUUUUCCACGGAACCUGAGGCUGCAGCCAUUCAUUGCAGGAGUGUAUUAAAAGAACAUUUUCUUACCGAUGUCGGCACAAAUUUUCUAAUUGUGGAUUGUGGUGGAGGUACAGUUGACUUGACCACACGGGAGUUACUACCUGGGUCGAGAUUAGGUGAAAUCACUGAACGUACUGGAGAUUUCUGUGGUGGUACAUACGUAGACAAAGAAUUUAUUAAAUUCUUAAAACGCAAAGUUGGAGAUUCUGCAAUAAAUUUAUUAGAAGAACAAAAUUAUGGUCAGUUGCAAUAUAUGAUACAAGAGUUUUGUUCUAAAGUGAAAAUACCAUUUACUGGUGUUAAAAAAGAUUUUAAACUAUUUGAGCUGGAUCUUGAGGAUGUGUGUCCGGUUAUAAAACAAUACAUUACUGGUGCAGCAAAAUCAAAAUUAGAAAAGGAUGAAUGGAUUAUUGAUUUAGAUUUUGACACUGUAAAAUCGUUUUUUGAUCCUGUCGUUGGAAAAAUUAUUAGACUCAUUUCUGGACAGCUUAACAAUGGCAAAACUUGUUCCGCGAUGUUUUUAGUUGGUGGCUUUAGUGAGUCAAAGUACUUAUUAAAGAGAAUUAGAGAAGAAUUUAGUGCGCAAGUUAAAAAUAUUAAUGUCCCAACACAGCCACAAGCUGCUAUUGUCAGAGGUGGAGUGGAAUAUGGUCUAAACAUGAAGAUCAUCAAAACCAGGGUUCUUAAGUGGACUUAUGGAAUAGAAUUGUCUCCACAAUGGAAGCCCGGUGACCCACCAGAACGUAGGAUCUCUCACAACCGUAUUGACAUAUUCAGUAAACUUGUAUCUAGGGGUACGGUAGUGGACGUUGAUCAAGAAUUUGGUAAAGACCUAUUUCCUAGCAUAGAAGAUCAAACUGCGGCCUCGAUGAAAAUAUACAAAACUCCUGAAUUAGACGGUAAAUAUCCCGAUGACCCGGGAAUGGAAAGAUUAGGAGAGUUGAUAUUAGAUUUCCCAGACCCUUACUUAGGCUUCAACAGGAAAUUGAGGUUUACAUUGACUUUCGGACAAAUAGAGAUUAAAGCAUAUUGCACGAAUCAAAAUGGGAAGAGUGUUAAUGCUGCCUUUAAUUUAGAGCUGUAG